CCCUCCCUCCCUCUCUCCCUUCCUUCCCCUCCCCCUCUCUCAACACCCUAUUAUUCUGAAUGCUUGUUAAGAGGAAAAACACCCUUCGGUGCUUGGAUUGUGAAUGUGAAGCAUCUCCCAGCUGCACAGUGACACAUUUUUUUUUUUUAAGGAGAAAAGGACUCCAGAGCUUUUUGCCAAAAGGGGGAUGGGGAAGUGGAAUAAUGUUACUGAGUGAUUAUUUUGGCUGAGAUGUGUUACUUGGGUUUUUUUUUUUUUUUUCCUUUUUCAUCAUUUGGUGUUUAAGUAAAAUGAGGCACAGGCUUGUGUGCCGAGUGGAGUGAGAAAUACCUUUUGAUUUUCGGGCCUAAUUUUAAAAAAAUGAUAAAGGAUUAAAAGGAGAUGGUGGACCUCGUGUGAAGGGUGUGAGAUCCCUGGACACAUUCUUGGGGCAGGAAAAAGCAGAAGAUUGGAAGAUUUUUUUUUUUUUUCCUUUAAGAGAAAGCCCAGCGGAGUUAAACGAAUGUCCCCUCAUCUUCCAAGGAAAGUUCAUCGGAUUUUUAAUCUAGAGAGCUCAUCUUCAGGAUGUCCGUGAACGUUUCGACUGCAGGAAAAGGUGUGGAUCCAAAUACAGUUGAUACUUACGACAGUGGCGAUGAUUGGGAAAUCGGGGUUGGAAAUUUAAUCAUUGAUUUGGACGCCGAUUUGGAGAAGGACAGACAGAAAUUUGAGAUGAAUAAUCCCACUAACACCACUACCAACAGCAACACUAAGGAUUGUGGAGGUCCGGCCUCCAAUGGGACCUGUGCUACCUCAGCCUUAGCUGAUGGCCUAAAAUUUGCUUCUGUUCAGCCCUCCGCUCCCCAGGGGAAUUCACACAAAGAGACCAGCAAAUCAAAAGUGAAAAGGGCUAAAACUUCUAAGGAUGCUAAUAAAUCUCUGCCUUCUGCUGCCUUGUAUGGAAUUCCCGAGAUCAGCAGCACUGGCAAGAGGCAGGAAGUCCAAGGGCGCCCUGGAGAGGCUACUGGCAUGAAUUCAGCGCUGGGUCAAAGUGUGAGCGGCGGCGGCGGCGGCGGCGGCAACCCAAACAGCAACGGUACCAGCACCGGGACCUCGGCUGCCACCGCGGGGGCAAGCUCCUGUGGGAAAAGCAAGGAGGAGAAGCCAGGGAAAAGCCACAGCAGCCGAGGCGCCAAGCGGGAUAAGGAUGCUGCGAGAUCCCGGAAAGACAAGCACGACCUGCUGCAGGUCCACCAGAAUGGCAGCGGAGGCCAGGCCCCCUCCGGUGGUGGGCACCUCUAUGGCUUUGGGUCCAAGAGCAAUGGAAGCGGUGCGAGCCCCUUCCACUGCGGGGGCGCUGGGGGUGGCAGCGUCGCGGCUGCCGGGGAAGUUAGCAAAAGUGCUCCGGAUUCAGCGCUCAUGGGAAACUCUAUGUUGGUCAAGAAGGAAGAGGAGGAGGAGGAGAGCCACAGGCGAAUUAAGAAACUGAAAACCGAGAAGGUUGACCCCCUGUUUACAGUGCCGGCACCACCGCCGCCGAUUGCCAGCGGUCUCGCGCCUCAGAUUCUGCCCUCCUACUUUCCCCCAUCUUCAUCCAAUAUUGCAGCACCCGUGGAGCAGCUUUUGGUUCGGACUCGGUCCGUGGGUGUCAAUACCUGUGAAGUUGGAGUAGUGACAGAGCCAGAGUGUCUCGGGCCCUGUGAACCUGGGACCAGUGUCAAUUUGGAAGGGAUCGUGUGGCAUGAAACAGAAGAAGGUGUCCUAGUGGUCAAUGUCACGUGGAGGAACAAAACGUAUGUGGGGACCCUACUAGACUGCACGAAGCACGACUGGGCCCCUCCUAGGUUUUGCGAAUCACCGACGAGUGACCUGGAGAUGCGAGGGGGCCGGGGCAGAGGGAAGAGAGCGAGGUCUGCCGCCGCCGCCCCCGGCUCCGAGGUCAGCUUCACAGAGUCCAGAGGGCUGCAGAGCAAGAACAGAGGGGGGGCCAAUGGGAAAGGGAGGCGCGGCAGCCUCAACGCCAGUGGACGAAGGACACCCCCAAACUGUGCUGCAGAAGACGUCAAAGCCAGCCCUUGCGCUACCAACAAAAGGAAGAACAAGCCCCCGAUGGAGCUGGAUCUGAACUCCAGCUCUGAGGACAGUAAACCCGGGAAACGGGUCCGCACCAAUUCCAGAAGCACCCCUACCACCCCUCAAGGGAAACCAGAGACUACAUUUUUGGAUCAGGGCUGCUCCUCUCCAGUGUUAAUCGAUUGCCCCCACCCAAACUGCAACAAAAAGUACAAGCACAUAAACGGCCUGAGGUACCACCAGGCGCAUGCACACUUAGACCCAGAAAACAAGCUAGAGUUCGAACCCGAUAGUGAGGAUAAGAUCUCGGACUGCGAGGAAGCCUUGAGUAACGUGGCCCUCGAAUGCGCUGAGGCAGGCACAGGCGUGUCAGCAUAUGACCAGGUGAAGGCGCCUGCAUCCCCUGGGGCUGGGAACCCCCCUGGGACACCCAAGGGGAAGAGAGAGCUCGUGAGCAAUGGCCCCGGUUCUAUGAUAGGUUCGAAAACUGGGAAGAAUUCUGGUAAAAAGAAGGGCCUUCACAAUGAACUGAACAACCUGCCGGUCAUCUCCAACAUGACAGCCACCUUAGACAGUUGUUCGGCCGCAGAUGGCAGUUUAGCUGCCGAGAUGCCCAAACUGGAAGCCGAAGGACUGAUUGACAAAAAAGGUUUGGGGGAUAAAGAAAAGGGCAAAAAAGCACACAAUUGCAAAAUGGACAAGAACCUCUCUAAACUGAAAAGUGCCCGGCCCAUCGCCCCUGCCCCAGCCCCGACGCCCCCGCAACUGAUUGCCAUCCCGACUGCAGCCUUCACAUCCACCACCACGGGGACCAUCCCUGGACUGCCCUCCCUCACCACCACUGUAGUCCAGGCUACACCAAAGAGCCCUCCAUUGAAACCUAUUCAACCAAAGCCCACAAUUAUGGGGGAGCCCAUCACCGUGAACCCCGCUCUGGUGUCACUCAAGGACAAAAAGAAAAAGGAGAAGCGAAAGCUGAAAGACAAAGACGGGAAAGAAGCUGCAGGUCCCAAAAUGGAUGCCAAACUGGGGAAGCUGGACGACCCCAAGGCGGCCGGCAAGGAUUUGUCUGGGCAUUUUUUAAAGGACCAUCUCAGUAAGAGUGAAGGGCUGGCGAAUGGAUUGUCAGAGUCUCAGGAGAGCCGCAUGGCCAGUAUCAAAGCCGAGGCUGAUAAGGUUUACACAUUCACGGACAAUGCGCCCAGCCCUUCCAUUGGGAGUGCCUCGAGGAUGGAAUGCAACACCCUGGUGAACGGGCAGGCACCCAUGGUCCCCCUGCAUGUGUUGACACAGAACGGGGCUGAGAGUUCAGCGGCCAAGACCAGCAGCCCAGCCUACUCGGACAUAUCGGAUGCUGCCGAGGAUGGUGGUUCUGACAGCAGGUCAGAGGGCAUGAGGUCAAAGGCCAGUUCCCCAUCAGAUAUCAUUUCUAAUAAAGACGGUGUCGUGAAAGGGCAUUCUUCAACUCCAGCACAAUCAUCUCAGCUGAAAGAGUCCCAUUCUCCCUAUUACCAUGGCUACGAGCCUUACUAUUCCCCAAGUUACAUGCACCCUGGACCUGUUGGUGCCCCCAUGGCUGGGAAUGGCGGGAGCUCGCAGGGCAUGAAGGUCAAGAAGGAGUCAGAGGAAGAUGCAGAGAAGAAAGACAAGGCCGAGCAGUUAGAUUCUAAGAAAGUGGACCACAAUUCUCUCUCCCUGCAACCUCAACACCAGUCUGUCAUCACACAAAGACACCCCGCCCUGGCUCAGUCACUUUAUUACGGCCAGUAUGCCUACGGGCUCUAUAUGGACCAGAAAUCGCUGAUGGCCACCAGCCCCGCCUACAGACAGCAGUAUGAGAAGUACUAUGAGGACCAGAGGCUGGCCGAGCAGAAACUGGCCCAGAGUGGGAGAGGGGACUGUGAAAGAAAGGCCGAACUCCCCAUGAAAGAACUGGGCAAGGAAGACCCUAAACAGAAAAGCGUGCCAUCAGCCACAAUCUCAAAAGCUCCCUCUACUCCGGAGCCUAACAAAAACCAUUCUAAACUAGGGCCAUCAGUGCCUAAUAAGCCUGAGGAGACAGGUAAAUCACAGCUUCUCUCCAGUCACCAGCAGCAGCUUCAGGCCGACAGCUUCAAAGCUAAGCAGAUGGAAAACCACCAGCUUAUUAAGGAGGCUGUAGAAAUGAAGUCUGUCAUGGACUCUAUGAAGCAGACAGGUGUAGACCCAACCUCGAGAUUUAAACAAGAUCCAGAUUCAAGGACAUGGCAUCAUUAUGUAUACCAGCCCAAGUAUCUAGAUCAACAAAAGCCAGAAGAACUUGACAGAGAGAAGAAAUUAAAAGAGGACAGUCCAAGAAAGACGCCUAACAAAGAGAGCAGUGUGGCCAGCCUUCCUGUGUCCUUAACAAACAUCAAAGAAGAGCCCAAAGAGGCCAAGCGCCCUGAUCCUCAGUCAGUGGAGGAGAGCAAGCUGAAGAAUGACGAUCGAAAAACUCCGGUGAACUGGAAGGACUCUCGGGGAACAAGAGUGGCUGUGUCCUCACCCAUGAGUCAGCAUCAAUCGUACAUACAGUACUUGCAUGCUUAUCCUUACCCACAGAUGUAUGACCCCAGCCACCCUGCAUACCGGGCUGUCUCUCCUGUCUUAAUGCACAGUUACCCUGGGGCCUAUCUCUCUCCAGGAUUUCAUUAUCCUGUUUAUGGGAAGAUGUCUGGGAGAGAAGAGGCAGAGAAAGUCAAUACCAGCCCCAGCAUCAACACAAAAACAGUCAGUGAAGCCAAAGCCCUGGACCUGCUCCAACAUCACGCCAACCAAUACCGCAGCAAGUCCCCUGCUCCUGUAGAAAAAGCUUCCACGGAGCGGGAACGAGAGGCAGAGCGGGACCGGGAUCGCCACUCUCCCUUUGGCCAGCGGCACCUGCACACUCACCACCACACCCAUGUUGGCAUGGGCUACCCUCUCAUCCCGGGUCAAUAUGACCCUUUCCAAGGCUUGACUUCUGCCGCCCUUGUUGCCUCUCAGCAGGUUGCUGCCCAGGCAUCUGCAUCAGGAAUGUUUCCUGCACAGAGAAGAGAAUAACAGAAUCGGAAGUGUCCGGUGCCAUGUGACUGGAUCACAUGGGGAAGCGCUUUAUAUAGACAUCAGUUCCAUGGUGUUAAUUUGAAAUGCCUUAAUGGCAGGCAAAAACCAGUCAUUUCAUUUUGUAAAUUACAGAUUUUAUCACAGAGUAACAAAUGUUGCUGUAAUUAAACUUCUGUUUUAUAUAUAUAUAUACGUAUACAUAUCUGUAUAUAUACAUAUAUAUAUAUAUACAUAUAUAUAUAUAUAUAUAUUCUUUACUUUUUUGUAACAGUAACCAGGCUCGCACCCGCAGGGUCUGCUGCCAAGUUGCAAACCACUCAGUAAAGGAACUACAAAAAUGUGUUUGUCAUGUUGAAAGUGUUAGCCACAGCAGGCUGCUUACAUUCUUUUCCUUUUAAAUUGUAAAUAAAUAAUGUUCUGUAUCAGUGUGCCUGAACCUUGCAUCUCCUUCAUCUCUCUCCCAUAAAGCCCCUCAGAAAGGCAAACUGUGAUGAUAACACUUGGUACAAUGUAGAUGUCCAAUUGGUGGCUCCUGUUCAAGAAGCAUCAGUGUAAAAUGUUCCCGUAGUCACUGUUUGUUUAUUGUGGAAAUAAAUACUUUUGGAAGGCAUGGGGUUGCCAGAACCACAAAAACUGUGUUGUAUAUAUAAUGUAAAAAUUGAGAUGGGGAAAUAGUGAGCAUCUGUGAAUAAUGAGGAGUCACUUUUUGAUAAUCUUGAAUGGCAGAUAACCCAAUAGCCUGCAUACCAGAGACAUCUGUGAUCGCUCUAUUACUUGAAUAGCCCUGCAGUCUUUUUUUUUUUUUUCUUUUCUUUUCUUUAAUGUUUACAAUUAUCCAGUUUUAGAAGAGAAGGACUUUAACGCCAUUGCCUGGUUACUUGUUUUAUGCUGUAAUCUAGUUUAUUUUAUGUAAAAUGUAUAUUGAAUGCUUUCCUUUUUUAUACCUGCCUUAAAUAAUUUGGCAAUCAGAAUUAAAAAGGUUUUGUUUUGGUUUUUUUUUUUAAAUAA